AUGCGCGUCCAUAAAAUCCAGGGCUUCGACCCCCUCCUCACGUUGGAUCCGUUUACGGGCGCCCAGAACGCCAUCGCCGUGCACACGCUGCCCCGACUCAUCCACCGUCAAGGGAUUGCCCACCGACUGGCCCGCCAGAUUGUCCCCGCCGUGUGGGGUCCCUUCUCCGACGACGGCAGCUCCGAGAUGGACUUCAGCGCAGAGCUACGACUCGCCGAGCGUCUCGAGCGCGGCAUCUACGUGCAGUUCCACAUGGCCGACAUCGCGCGGGAGCGCCGAAAACCGUCUGCCGCAGUGAUCACCGGCCGCCUCAUGAUCCUCACCCAAUUGCUGGACGAGUACCACGAGCUCCCGCCAAACAAGCGGCACGCAUGGCGAUUCGACGAGCACAUCGGGCACGUCUACACGGUGUUACGGUGGGGCUACGGGGAGGCCGACAUCGGCCAGCGACGACUCCAGCUCCGCAGCUACCUAGACGAGCAGACAGAGAUCGACUUCCACACAACACUGCGCAUGCUACGGGAGCUCAUGGAGCGCGUGCUGCUGCGACACGGGCCUAAAGCCUGGCACCGCGACGCCAAGAACGAGAACAGCGUGAUCUCAUGGUUCCUGCUGAAGCAGUCGCCGCGGUCACUGGCCAAGCUCUUCCUCGGCCCGCAGGACAAGUGCUGCAGUCUGGACGCGAAAGCGACGGACCAGGGGUUGCGCCGGUGCUACUUCUCGAACCCGCUGGACCACUACUGGCAGGCGUGGACGAAUGUACCAGACCUGGGGUGCCACGACUGCGACUGCAAGCGACGGGCGCGCAGCUGGAGCGUCAAGCCGGCGUUGAUCGAUGCCCGGGGACGGGAGUUCAACCGGGAGGCGGAGCAGUAUCUCCGUGAGAUGUGGAGCGAGCGACAUGUAGGGCUGCAUCGGGCGUUUACCAUGGGAUAUUUCAACACGGUAUUAUAA